CACCGCGAACAUGGCACCGCCGCACGCGUCGUCUUCCUCGAUCCUCGGCUCCCCCGCCGGCCCGCGACCUCGCUACCUUCCGCCGUACGCCGGCUCCCCCUCCUCCGCCCGCGCCCCGAGGCCGCGCCCGCAUUGACCCCCGCGUCCCGACCUGCACCGACGCGCCAAACCCUUCUUCCUCGCCCCCUUUGCGUCGUCCCCAAGCCCCUUCAUGCCGUCCAAAGGCAUCUCCCCUCCUCCCCUUUUAGCAUCUCCACUCCCACUCCCCCUCCGCCUCCUUCCCGCACCACCUCCACUCCCGCCUCCCGAGCACCACCCUGCCUGCGCCUCUCGCCCGGCCGCUGAGGUUUACCCCCAGGCCCGGUUUCCAUGUCACUGGACCACAGCCCCACGGGCUCCCUCAUCGAGUACAGCGAUGACAUCGAGGAGGCCAUGUCCCCCAACCGGAGCGUCGCCGCCGUCGCCGUCAAGGACGGCGACGCCUCCGUCUACAAGAUCAUCCACGGCUUCCUCAAGCAGAAGAACAACUCCAUCAUCAGAGUCGCUGCCAAGGUCGCCAAGAAGGCCGCUUCCAACAAGCUAUCGAGGAAGACUUCCGAUGUCUUCGACACCUUAAUUCAGCAGCAGCAGAGCAAGUGGGGAAACAAAACUGGGCCCCUGCUCUCUGGGAUAUCUUACUGCAUAGCUUCUUGCAGCAUGAUAUUGCUCAACAAGGUGGUUCUCUCCAGCUAUAACUUCAAUGCUGGCGUAUCACUGAUGUUGUACCAGAAUCUUAUAUCCGUGGUCAUUCUUAUGGCACUUGAGCUCUUCAGUGUAAUUUCAACAGAGCAACUCACAUGGAAGUUGAUUAAAGUCUGGAUUCCAGUCAAUCUUAUUUUUGUUGGAAUGCUGGUUACUGGAAUGUACAGUUUGAAGUAUAUAAAUGUUGCCAUGGUGACGAUAUUGAAGAACAUGACGAAUAUUUUAACAGCUCUGGGGGAAAUAUAUGUAUUCCGGAAGGGUCAGAACAAGCAGGUUUGGGCUGCCUUAUUUAUGAUGAUCGUAUCAGCUGUGUGCGGUGGGAUGACAGAUCUUUCUUUCCAUCUUAUUGGUUACACAUGGCAAAUUUUGAAUUGUUUUCUGACAGCAGCCUACUCGCUUACACUGAGGCGUCUCAUGGAUACAGCCAAACAGUCAACAAAAUCUGGUUCCCUUAAUGAAGUUUCUAUGGUGUUACUUAACAAUGCACUCUCAAUUCCUUUCGCGAUCAUUUUGAUCGUUGUCUUCAAUGAGUGGGAAUAUGUUUAUCAAACUGAAGUUAUUAGAGAGCCUAUGUUCUGGUUUUUUGCGACAGCUAGUGGAUUGCUAGGCCUGGCUAUCAGCUUCUCGUCUGUGUGGUUUCUUCAGGAGACUGGCCCAACAACUUACAGCCUUGUUGGUUCACUAAACAAGAUACCCAUUUCAGUUGCUGGUGUCUUGCUAUUCCAAGUCCCUGUUAGUGUGGAGAAUUUAUUCAGCAUAGUUUUUGGUCUUUUUGCUGGGAUAUUCUUCGCAAAGGCGAAGAUGUCCAAGUCCUAGUGUUUAUUCUCCUGACGCGACGUUAACAUGAAAUGUCUCACGGCAAGGCUAUGUACCAACUGUACAGAUAUACGUUCAGAGUUCAUUUGUCCUUGACGAGGCAAUCUGGAUUUCAUGAAAAGUACCCUUCAUUCUUUCUCAAUUUUGUUUCAUAACUGUGGGAUGCAGAAGGCAAGUAGUACUAGCCGCCAGUUCACACUCUAGCCAAUUAUUGGUCUCUGUCAAGAAGUUGAACAGAAGGAUGAUACCCAAAUAAAAAGGAAAUGAUUCAUGGCAA